AUAUGAUUUAAUAAUAUCCGGAAAUCAUGAGGGUUUUCCCUCGCAUUCAAUAUUUCCCGAUUUAGAUUGAGGUCACGACGAGUCCUCGCGACACAAACUGUGAUACACGUCUGUUUUUGUGUAAGCCCUUUGUCCUAUUCUCCGGUGGAUACGCGAACGCACCACACAGUCAACAAACAUGGCGCCGGCCAAAAAGCGCAACGUGAGUUCUAAAGCAAAUGCAAAAAAGAUCAAAAUCGACUUUGAAGGUAUAGUUGAGCGUGUACUUAAAAGUAGAAAACAUGCCAACGAUGUUUUUGACGUUCUCGAGUUUCUUCAGUCAGAAAAAGAGAAAGACGUUAUCUGCGCUGUUGAUGCCUGCUGCAAGCUGUUCUGUACACUUUUGAAGAGAAAGGAUCUAUUUAUUGGAAAGCUCCCUGGUGAGGAUGAGGCGAUAAAGGGUGAGCACAGCCCAGAUGAGAAGUACAAGAUUUUUAUGCGUCAUCGUUACAACAACUGUGUGGAGAUACUGCUCGAGCAUCUCCACCAUGAAACGCAUGAAGUUAAGGAGAGUGCGCUGUGCUGCCUGAUGAAAUUUGCUGCUGAACAAGGACUGCAUCCUCUGGAAGACCUGGACUGGAGUGAAUACUUCAGCUUCCCAAGAGAACUGAUCCAAGCCGUGGUGCACAACAUUCUGUCUCAGAGCUUGGACAACUCCCUGCUGAUCUCCAGGUUCCAGGAGUUCCUUGAGAUGGACGACAUACGUUACUAUGUGAUGAGCUUCAUCCGUGACAACGUGGCCACAGUCAUGAACAAAAGCAAAGGGGCUGUCUUGCCCGUAUAUCAGUCCAACGUGUUCACUCUCAUGUUGAACAUCAACAUGCCGAGCCAGGAGACCGAGCUUACCAACUUUAUGGUCAAACAGGAAACCAAGCAUGAGGAUUGGAAGGCUGCAAAGCUGCAUGAUCACAAACGUGCCUUUGAGAGAAUGUGGUUGGGCUUUCUUAAGUAUAAGCUGCCCAACAGCAUGUAUAAAAAGAUUUUAGUGGUCCUUCAUGACUCCAUCUUGCCUCACAUGAGCAAACCCACUCUGAUGAUUGACUUUUUGACAGCUGCCUAUGAUGUUGGUGGGGCGAUCAGUCUGCUGGCCCUAAAUGGCUUAUUUGUCCUCAUCCAUCAACACAAUCUAGAUUAUCCUGAUUUCUACAAAAAGUUGUAUAAUCUUCUCGAGCCGUCUGUUUUCCAUGUGAAGUACAGGGCACGCUUCUUUCACCUGGCUAAUCUUUUCCUCAGCUCCAGUCACUUGCCAGUCUACCUGGUGGCUGCGUUCGCCAAACGCCUGGCUCGUCUGGCCCUUACAGCUCCGCCCACAGCUCUUCUCAUAGUGCUGCCUUUCAUCUACAACCUGAUCCGGCGCCAUCCAUCCUGCAGAGUUCUGAUUCACAAGCCCAGCUCAGAAGAUGAGCUUCUUGAAGAUCCGUAUGUGAUGGAGGAAGUGGAUCCAGCUCUUUGUCAUGCCUUAGAAAGCAGCUUGUGGGAAAUUAAGGUAAGUUUUCGCACCAAACUGGGGCCAGAGGUUUGGCAACUUUAAGCAAUCAGCUCAGAAGAAAAAAGUUAAAAAAUAAUUUUCAUGCUAAAGGAAAGAACAAGCAGUGUAAUUGUUCAAACUGACUUUCUCAUCCUGUUGUUUUUCAGUGUCAUCAGUCAUGUAGUUUUAUUUAAUUUUUUUCACUUUUCAUAGUGUUAAAAACUCAGUUUAUAAACACUGUCAGGACUUUAAAUCAUCAGCUGGUGUUAUUAAUUCUUUUGCAUCACAACUUAGAAGUACCGUACUUAAAUACAAUGAAUGGUAUUUAAAACUGUGUUAAAAAACAGACUAUCAUUUAAAACAACACUCAAAAAUAAGACUGGUGACACGUACACAAGCUGUAAAUGCUGUAGAAGAAGGGUGCAACAGUUGCAAAUGGACGUGUUAGCUGGUUUGCUUUGACAGAAAAAAAACUAAAAUAGCUUGUUUUUUACAUGGAUGAUUGACUGGCGUGUCAUAAAUUUCCUUUUUAGUUCUAAAAAAUUCUAGAAAGAAAUGGUAGUACUACAUGGUAAAACACAGAUCUGGAAAAGUAGCCAUUUUCAGGACGGUAAGUUGCACGAAAGUUCUGAAACACAACUUCCUCAUUCCAGGAAAUUAUGUAACAAGUCUCAGGAAAAUAGGUUAUAAGAAUCUAUCCAGUGAAAAUUCCUUGAAAAUUUCAGGGAGUACAAAGUAUAUUCCAGAUAAUCUGGUAAGUUUUGAAAAGUAAUCUUUUAAAUUUUGGGGGAAAUAUGAGCUACAUUAUGUAUAGCAACCAGCUAUCCCUUCUCCAUAUCUUUUUACCCUUAUGGGUUCAUGGAAACGUCCCUGGAUUUAGGCCUAGAAAAGACAACAGUGGUAGAAACUGUGUCAUCAUGCAGUCUUUAUUAUUUAAUGCUACUGAAAAAUUGUCCAACCAUGAUAGAUU